CCCUGGAGUAGGCGUGGCUUGAGGGCAUGACCAAGCAGCGCGCCACGCCAACUCGGGGCAAGAAGCAUGCGUCGGGGGAUGAUGACUCCCCGCCGUCCCUGCCGACAACCGCCGCAUCCUCCUCCCCGUCAUCGGCAGUCCUCGCUUACCAGCGCGCCCAAGACGGCGAGCACAUCGUCACCCUCGUCGUGGACUUCCUCUUGCACGCCGUGGACGCAACCAUCGACGAAACUCUCAAAGCCAACAACACGUUUGAAUAUACGUCGCUCAAGCUAGUGAAUGGCCUGAUCUACAUGAUGAGCAUGGUCACGAUCGACUUGAGUACCAAGUUUAAAGACAACCCGGCGACGUAUGAGGCAGGGGACACUCCCGCCCCUUGCCCCCCCGACAUUUGGUCCAAACAGUGCAUCAAAGCCAAGAAAAAGCCCAAGUCGCAUCUGUUGAGGGGGCACUCCCACAACAAUCCGUACGGCUUGGGGUCGUUAGAUGAAGACGGCGAGGGGAGUGAAUACCGGUCGGCGUAUCAAGGAUCUCCAAGUAGCAAACAAAUGCGUGGGCGCAGUAUGGAGAAGUCGUCACAGCAAUUGGGCUCCAUCGUGCUAGACACGGAAGUCACCAUGUCGAUCCGGGACCUCGCGUUUCGAACAGUGAGCCCUAGCGACAUGCCGCUGUCCCCGGACGACCUCCAGCGCCGACAACACAUCGAGCAGCUCCUGGAAGAGCGCGUGCGAGAUGAGAAACUUCGGAUGCAGGCAGACGCCAAGCGGAGUCGUACAGUCGUGCGGCUUGUUAUCGAACCCGUGGAUUCAGACACAAAAUCCAUGAGGAAAGGGAUCGUGGGCGAUGGGGGGGGGGCGUCCCCCGAUAUGGGAGCAUCGCCAGUUCGGGACGGUGUGUUAGACGGACUGGACAAUGAAAGGGGUGCGUCUGAAGUCAUUCUGGUCGAGGGGGCCGACAUGAUCGUGGGGGAAGACAGCCAUUUGGUGUCAAGGAGGUCCAAGCGCGAUAUGUUCAAGCACAUCCCCCAAGCCGUGUUUGAGCCGACGGUUGUCCUGCCGCCAACCAGCGCCCGCAUCGAUGUUGCUGUCGCGUCGGCUCGGCCAACCAACAAUUCCCGCAGCUCGUCGAGGUGGUCAAAUCGCACAAAGACGCCGAAGACACCUGGGGGAUCGAAAACCGCUCGAUCCCGAGCAUAUUUCACGGCGCUGUUGGCGACUGACGAACCGUUCUAUAUUGGAAACGGGGAUCUAGAAGGAGGUCCGUGCUUCGGUGACGACUCAAGUCCCGCCAAGGGCGUGGUCAUCACGCAGGGGCUCGUGGUCAAGUCUGGUGAGUCUUUUUGGGAAGGACGUCAACAACACAACCCCAACGGCGGUGUACACACAUUUCCUCGGUCUGUGUCCGAGCCCGCCUUUGACGCAACACAACACACUCCGUCCCGCGUCCAACCCCAUCGCCGGUCAUCCGUUCAGAAAAAGUUGCCCCCUGCAAACUCGUCCAUCGUUCCCGAAGAAUCGUCCAUUGACGACCCCGCGACGACGUUACCUCCGGCCCAGUGGCCACCUCAAGUCCUUUCCGUCGACCACCAUAUCGAUCACCACAGACACACAUCAUCCUCCAAGUCGGUGAGUUUGCGGAUACGAACCCCCGCGUGCCGCAAACGACGGUCUCGAAAGGUCAUCGACGACAUCGUAUUGGACCCCCACGACCAGCCACACAUGCCACCCAUGGCGGAGGACAGUCCGGAUGUCAAGAACCACAUAUCCUCCAUGUCGUCGUCCUAUUCUCAGCCGUCCGUAUCACAGCGCCGCCCCAGCACCAACUCGGCAACCACAGUCACCCCGCAGAAACUCGUGCGAUCCCCCAUCAAACACAUUCAGCUGCCGCGCGUCGGCGCAAGGACGCCUCUGGGCGGCGGCGGGCAAAUAGUAUAUCACUCGGCGGCGUCUGUGCUCACAUUGCCCUUCCUCAAGCAGCAGCCCGCCUUGUCGUAAUGACCAACUCGAUGUAAAGAAAUACGACCUGGUAGUAGUACUGCCUACAUACUCGUAGGAACUAUGGAUCGGUAGACCCCCCACAGGACGUUUCGACGAAUUCAUUUUCUUCAAGCCGUUUGCUAUGUACUACUACUUACUACUGCUAUACUACAGUACUACUUAACUGAUCGUCUAAAUGUUGUGGGGGUGGGUUACGUGGUCAUUUCUUGCGCGUGCUUGGCGCAGAAUCCAUUACGCUGCGCCCACUUCUUGCACUGGGCAAACUCACACCGCUUGCCGCCGCCGUGGCCCCGGCAGUAGCCCCCGCUUUGGCAGCUCUUUGUGCACCCGUCAAACUUGCAGCGAACGCCGCCACCGUGCUGCUUGCACAGCCCUCUGGACUGCGCUGUCUUGGGGCAUCCGUCCAUGCGACACGGCUUCCCACCGCCGUGGGCUAUGCACAGGUGGCCGGUUUGAGCGCUCUUCAUGCAGCCGUCGACUUUGCACCGACGGCCACCGCCGUGCACCUUGCACAUGCCUUUGGUCCGGGCAAUGUUGCUGCAGCCAGGGGACAUGCAGAACUUGGCGUAUUGAGUGUUGUCGACGCCAGCAGGUUCCUGCUGGUACGGAUCGACUCCUCGGGAGGACGCUGGUGCGGCCGCGGCCGCAGACGGGGCGGCGUUGUGGCUGGUUUGGCCGACAGCAUAGCCGUACCCGUAGACCGGUGGGGCGGGGGCUUGGGGCUGUUGGUACAUCGUGUGUGUGGCGUAGUUGGACUGCUGUUGCUGACCCGGUUGGGAGGCUUGGUGACUUUGUUGCUGUAAGAGCUGGUGAUUGUGCUGCUGGUGCUGGUGUUGUUG